AUGUUACUUGUAGCUCUCUAUGUCAAUGAUAUAAUCUUCUUGGGUAACAAUGGUCAGAUGAUAGAAGAAUUCAAGGACACAAUGACACGUGAAUUCGAGAUGACAGACUUAGGUCUGAUGAGAUUCUUUCUUGGUCUGGAGGUUCGACAAGAAGAAACAAGAAUCCUUAUUUCACACGAGAAAUAUGCAAAAGAAAUAUUGAAAAAAUAUAAGAUCGAAAGUUGUAAUCCGAUUUCGACGCCAAUGAAACCAGGUGCAAAGUUGUCGAAAUUUGAUGGAGGAGAACGUGUCGAAGCAAGCAAAUAUCGAAGCUUGGUAGGUAGUCUUCGUUAUCUCACGUGUAUAAGAAUAGAAGAUUACAAGUUGGUUGGUUACUCCGACAAUGAUUGGUGCGGAGAUAUAAAUGAUCGAAAAAGCACUUCAGGAUAUGUGUUCUACAUGGGAAAUACCGCAUUUACUUGGCUUUCUAAGAAGCAACCGAUAGUAACACUUUCGACGUGUGAAGCUGAAUAUGUGGCAACAUCUUGGUGUGUUUGUCAUGCAAUAUGGCUUAGAAGAUUGUUGAGCAAAAUGAAGUGGAAAGACAAAGAGUCUGUUGUAGUUGGAAGGCCAAGAGAUAGUGGCUUAUUAAUAGUAUCUAUCUGUGGUUGGUCGUGUGGUUUGAAAGAUGGACCGCUAGAGAUUGUUGGUUGGUUGAAGAGAAAUAAAGUGGCGGGUUUUAUGUUGUUUUCUGAUGGUGUUUGGAGUAGAUUUUGUGAUGUUUUUGGUGGCUUUGCUUGUGUUCAUGGUGAAUGGGAGCGGUUGCCAGCGAAAACAGAGGGUGGAAAGGGUGUUAUGGUGCAGUUGGGUUAA